CUUUGCUUGUUGUCUAAUUCAAAAAUCAACCUAGAAGAUCCUUAAGAUUCUCGAGGAAAUCUGCCGGAUCUUGCUUUCCAAACUGUCCAGAUUUUCUACAGGAUUUUCACCUCCUAUGGCUUCCCAUUUAAAAGUCCUCCACCUUCCCUCCCUUCUCGUCAUCCCCUUGUGGCUGCUUUCUUGGUUUCAGUAUUCUUUCUUCUUGUUUCUUUUCUUGGCUUGACGCAUCACCAGCGGAACUGUGAUGGCUACUUUGGCUACUCUGGCUACCGAGACUCAGUUUCAUGUUCUGGCUGUUGAUGAUAGCCUUAUUGACAGAAAGUUGAUUGAAAGGCUCCUCAAAACCUCUUCUUAUCAGGUCACAGCAGUGGAUUCAGGAAGCAAGGCCUUGGAGUUUUUGGGUUUGAGCGGGGAUGAUGAGCAGAGAGAUUCAAACCCUUCCUCUGUUUCCCCUGACCAUCAUCAUCAACACAUUGAAAUUAACAUGAUCAUUACAGAUUACUGUAUGCCAGGAAUGACAGGCUACGAUCUCCUAAAAAAGAUCAAGGAAUCCAAGUAUUUCAAGGAUAUCCCAGUUGUGAUCAUGUCCUCAGAGAAUGUCCCCUCAAGAAUCAAUAGAUGCUUGGAAGAAGGAGCAGAAGAGUUCUUCUUGAAGCCAGUUCAAUUAUCCGAUGUGAACAAACUUAGACCCCAUCUGAUGAAGGGAAGGUGCAAGGAAGAAGAUCAACCUAGCAACAAAAGGAAAGGCAUGGAAGAAAUUGUCAACUCUCCUGGCAGAACAAGAUCAAGAUACAGCGAGGGCUUGGAAGUGGUCUUAUCCCAAUAGAUUUCCCAUCUCAAUUUUACCUUUUUUCAAUAGAUUUGACACCACAGGCCCAAAGAAAAUUUAGAUUCACUGAGAAAGAUGGGAAUCAAGCUAUCAAUUUUCCUCCGUUAUUAGUUCAAUUGUAAAUUACCACAGGAAAUAUUCAUUUUUGUUCUGUUAAAUCUAAUCAACAAUCAUGGAGCUCC